GCUGGCUGACUCCCCGCGUCCGCCCCGCAAAGCGCGUCAGGGCGCCGACGUCUGCGAGUGCGUGGCCCGCGGGGCCAGAACGUGGCGUGGACGUCGGACGUUCUUCCGGAGGGAGUCCGCGUCUUGCCCUCGUUCUGGGCGCGCGCUGGCUGCGAUUGUUGGGGUCACCGAGGAGGGUGAUUGCGCCUGAGAGCCCAGGGCCCACCACACCCAGUCCUUCCGUGCCCAGGGUUAACCGUGGACCCUCCUCUUGGCAGCGUCCAGAGAGAAAAAUACCCAUCUUCCUAGAAUAUGGCAGGUAAGAAAGUGCUCAUCGUCUACGCGCACCAAGAGCCCAGGUCUUUCAACGGGUCCUUGAAGGACGUGGCGGUGGCUGAACUGAGCCGGCAGGGCUGCACCGUCACCGUUUCUGAUCUCUAUGCCAUGGACUUUGAGCCGAGGGCCACAAGGAAAGAUAUCACUGGUGGAAAAAUGGUCCCUGAGUACACAGUUUUGUAUAUGAAUUGCGCCCUCUCCAGCCCCGAGUUCUUCAGCUACGGUGUGGAAGCGUACGAGGCCUGCAAGAAGAGGUCUCUGACCAGCGACAUAAUCGCGGAGCAGAAGAAGGUUCAGGAGGCCGACCUAGUGAUGUUUCAGUUCCCGCUGUACUGGUUCAGCGUGCCGGCCGUCCUGAAGGGCUGGAUGGACAGGGUGCUGUGCCAGGGCUUCGCCUUCGACCUCCCGGGCUUCUACGACGACGGCCUCCUCAAGGGUAAACUGGCCAUCCUGUCCUUAACCACGGGCGGCACGGCCGACAUGUACUGGAAAACUGGAGCCAGCGGAGACUUCCGAUACUUCCUGUGGCCCCUCCAGGUUGGUCGGGGCCAUGAGGAGAGAGCGCCGUCCUGCGAAGCCACACUGAGGACAGGUCAUCCAAGCCACAGAAAGAGACGACUUCCUAAGGACAUCCUUUGACACCUGGAUCCAUCCCUGCCUGAAGCUGCCAUGUCCAUCUUCAGUUCUCUAGUCAUGGGAGGCAGUACAUUGCCUUUUUUGCUCAAGUGGCUUUAUAGAAAUUGCAACUAGAGAAAUCCUAAAUUCAACAAGCGUAGUUAGUGUCUACAUGGAAAUAAAUACUCCAGUGAAAAUAGAUUAAUUUUGGAAUAUGGUUAUAAUAUAAAAACACACAGAGGUGUAUUAAGUUGGAACAAAUUGUAUAGUAAUAUAUCAAGUUAUUUUUCUCACCAAAUGGGUUAAGUAUGUGUAGUGAACAAAGGAGGAGGAGGACAGGGUGAGACCCUGCCGUGCGGAGACCUGAGGGCGGCUCAGGGCCCCCCGCCCAGUCCCACCUCUGCACUGACUGAGUGGCCUUGAACAAGCUGAUCAGCCUUCUUGGGCCUCAGUUUCCCCAUCUGUGAAAUCAGGGAGUCUGGCCUUCCUUAGUUUCCCCACUGGUUGUGUAAGAUUCCAGGAGCCCCUAGCCUUGCACAUUGUAAUCCUUUCCUUGAGGCUCCAGGAAGAGCUGUCUGGGGUCCCCAAGUCCUGGGGCCAAUUUCUUUUUUUUUUUUUUUGCCACACCUCGGGGCUUGCAGGAUCCUAGUUCCCUGACUAGGGAUUGAAGCCGGGUCCCCAGCAGUGAAAGUGCGGAGUCCUAACCACCAGACCGCCAGGGAAUUCCCUGGUAUGUCUGAUUUCUGUUUGCCUCUCUUUCUGUCAAGCGGGAUGGAUGUGUUGAAAUGUAAAUACAUUCAGUCAUCGGUUUUAUGAAGCUGUAUUGAGGACAGAGGUUAUCAGGAAUCAGAUCAUAUGUCACUUGAACUCCCGAAUCCCUGAUGAAGGAUGGUAUUUUGUGCAGUUUCUCCCGGCCCGAGCUGGUAGGCUGUAAGAUCUUAUUAUUAGCCCCAUUUUACAGAUGGGUAAACUGAGACAGAGUUGAAGUACCUUGGCCAGGGUCCCACCCCAACACCUUGCAGAGCUGAGGCUCACACCAAAGCACCUGUUCCAGAGUUUGUGCUCAGAACCUCUCAGGUUCCAGAACCGUCAGGGGGUUGAGGCAGCACUGAACAGAGGCCCUUUUUGAGAAAUGACCCACAAAGACCCCACGGGGAGUUCCUCAUGGGAAGAGAGGAAAUCUGAGCUGAGUCUCCUGCUGAGCAAGGGCCUAAAGUUUUGUGGGUCAACUUUUGCAGAGUUUCUGGUUGAGGUUGAAAACCCUUCUGAGACUUUGAUUUCCUGCUCGUGACAGAUGAGCAGAUGAGGUUUCUCAAAAGGCGUCCUGCAGCAACACUUCCGGAGGCCAGACCUUUAAAUGCGUUGCUGAGGUCGUAAGAAAUUGAGGGAAAUGUCUGAGCAUAUCCACAACUCUGUCCCCACCGCCUACCCACCAGCCUUGCCCCUUAACAGCAAAAGCCUAACGAGUUACUGACGGCAGAAUGGAUAGAAACAUGGAACUUUAGGCUGCCUCGGGGUCACAUGCUGAUAUCAAUGCUCUAUGUUAUCAAUACUCUGUGAUGUUAAUAUUCCAACAAAAAGAGAAGCGAGAGACCAGACCUUGCGUCUGUGCAAAGUGGGCAGCUCAGUUGAGACCUUGCUUGCAUGGAGGGGGCCACCUCUGUCAGAAGGUGGGUAGAAAAUUACACCUGCCCUUAUGGGGAGACAGGAAGCUAACCUACAUCCAUCUCAGCUCUGGGUAGAAAAAAAAUCUCUCCAGUAUCAUAGGAUCCUGGAAUGGGACUUAUUCUACCCACAUACAGAGUAAGGGGAAAUCUAAAGAAAUUAAGUGGCCCUGAAUGAUGACAGUCCUCAGUGCAGGAAGAAGAAAAUUUGCUCUAGAGAAAAACAUUGUCUCGUGCCUGUCUCGUGCCUGUCAGGAUGCUCCCUGAUUAAGUCAGCCUAGUAUAAACUCCCAAAUUGCCAAUACAUGAGGAAACCAAAUAUCAUGACUGAGAGUAAGCAGAAACACCAUGCAGUAGAUUUUACCACCCUUGAGCUUCUAAUAUUGCCACUGUGAGAUACAUAACACAAAAUAAUGAUGUUUAAGGAAAUAAAAAUGGAAUCAAACACUGAGCAACAGACAAGAGACAUUCAAAAGUGACCACACAGAUUUGAAAAAUAGCUCAAGUGAACAGGAUAAACACUAGGUUACACACAGAUGAAGAGAGAACUGGUGAACUGACAGACCUAAACAAAUAAGGAAUGAAGUGGAAAGGAUGAAGGGUAGAUUAAGAGAGAAAACAGAGUGAAAGGCCUAUUACGUUUUUAAUUGGAUUUCUGGAAUGAGAAGAUGGGGGCGUGCUAUACUUCAAAAAGUACCAUAGCUGGGAAUUCCCCAGAAUUUGUGAAGAAUGUCAGAUUUAGUAAGUACCACAUGUCUCAGGCAGGAUAAGUAAAAGAAAACAUAUACCCAGACAGCAUAGUGAAACUGCCUGACACAAAAGAAAAGUGGAAGGGAUAGGUCACCUGUAAAGGGACAACAGUUUAACUGACAGCUGAUUUCUCAAUAGCAACAACAGAAAACAGUAGAAUACCACCAUCGACAUGUUGCAAAAAAGGAUGACUAUAAAUUUAGACGUCUCUUUCAAUUAUUACAGUAAAACAAAGGCAUUUCAUAAAAUCAAAAAAUACAGUUUGCUAUGGACAGACAUUACUAAAGGAAUUUCUAAAAGUUGUAUUUCUUUUAGAAGGGCAGUGAUUCCAGAAGGAAGGAAGGAAGGUCUGAAAUGCAACAGGGCAUGGGGAGCAAGGAACAGGGUAAACAUGGGAGAAUCUAGACAAACACUGACCGUGUAAAACACUAACAAUGAAGUCUGACUCAUAGGGUUAAAAACCAGAACUAAAAUGGUGGAUGAAAAUAACACAUAAAAUAGUAUAAUCUAAAUUAAAACAGCCAGUUCUUUUCAAGAAGAAGGAUAGUUAAUAAUUAACUUUAGUUUUUUAAGUGAAAUAUAUGUAUUCAAGUUUCUAGGAUAAGCAUUAAAAUAAUGGAAAUUGAGGAUCAAAUUAGAAUGGAGUGAGACAAUGCCAUCAUCCAAAAUAAAAUAAGACUGGAAGAAAAAAACAGUAAAAGCAGACAGUGGGGGAUUCUUUGGGGGUCCAGUGGUUAAGACUGCACUUCCACUGCAGGGGGCACGGGUUUGAUCCCUGGUCAGGGAGCUAAGGUCUCGCAUGCCAAGCGGCACGGCAGGAAAAAAAAAAAAAAAGACAAAGGCAGAAAAUUAUGGUGAAAAAAUCCUAAUAUGUAUAUAAUCACAAAAAAAUGUAAAAGGCAGAGUCAAACUGGAUAAAAAAUUAAGUUUAGCUAUCUGCUGUGUACAAGAGAUAUAUCUAAAACAAAACCAAAGAGAAAAAAAAAAGUUAUAAGAUGUACCAUGCAGAUCCUAAGCCCAAGAAGGCAGAACAGCUAUAUUAAUAUCAAACAGAUGAUUAGGGGUAAAGGAGGUUUCUGUGUAAUGGUAAGAGUUCCAAUUCAAUAUGAAGUUAUACCAAUUCCAAACUUGUAUCCAUUUAAUAAGCAGUUUUAAACCAUAUAUAAAACAAACUGAGUUAUAAAAAGAGAUCAACAGGGGGCUUCCCUGGUGGCACAGUGGUUGAGAAUCUGCCUACCAAUUCAGGGGACACGGGUUCGAGCCCUGGUCUGGGAAGAUCCCACAUGCCGCGGAACAACUAGGCCCGUGAGCCACAACUACUGAGCCUGCGCCUCUGGAGCCCGUGCUCCGCAACAAGAGAGGCCGCGAUAGUGAGAGACCUGCGCACCGCGAUGAAGAGUGGCCCCUGUUCGCCGCAACUAGAGAAAGCCCUCGCACAGAAACGAAGACCCAACACAGCCAAAAAUAAAGAAAUAAAAAUAAAUAAAUUUAUUUAAAAAAAAAAAGAUCGACAAAUCUACCAUCAGAGUGGGAGAUUUCAGCACACAUCUCCUUGUAAGUGAAAGGUCAAACACACAAAAGAAUAAAGAUUUGAACAAAAGUGACUUAAUACUUGCAUAAAAAUCACUGCACCCAGCAGUAAGAAAAUCCAUAUUUUUCUGAAACAUUCAUGGAAAAAUCAUACAAAUUCUGAUCUCAGCAAAUUCCAAAGAAUAUGUAAAUUCAGAAGACCAUCUCUGACCAAAAUAUAACUAAAUCAAAUCAUAAAGAUAACUAAGAAACCCAUCACUUGAAAUUUGACAACCCUCUUUUCAAUAACUCAAAGUUAAAAUUAUAAUGGAGAAUUUUUUAAGUAUUUAGAACUGAAUAAUAAUUAAAAUACUAUAUUAUCAGAUUUGUGGGUUGCAGCGCAAGUAUUUGACGGGUAUCUAUAUUGCUGAAUACUCAUUAGCAAAGAAUAAAGAUGGAAUAAAAAACUUAUUCAAAUAAGCUUAAUGUGGACCAUAAGAGGUAGAGAAAGGACACACCUGCACACGCACAC